GUCUCUCUCUCUGUCUCUCUCUCUCUCUGUCUCUCUCUCUGUCUCUCAGGUCUCCAGUUAUUAGCCACAGCCAGUCGGGAUCGUCUGAUCCACGUCCUAGACGCGGGCCGGGACUACAGCCUGGUCCAGACUCUGGACGAACACUCGUCCUCCAUCACUGCGGUCCGAUUUGCCGCCAAUCAGGGUGGAGUGAGGAUGAUCAGCUGUGGGGCCGAUAAGAGCAUCUACUUCCACACAGCUCAGCAGAUGGAGGACGGCCUGCUCUUCACGCGGACGCAUCACGCGGCGAGGAAGACGACGCUGUACGACCUCGACGUGGAGCCGACCAGGAAGUACGCAGCCGUGGGCUGUCAGGACCGCAGUAUCAGGAUCUUUAACAUCAGCAACGGGAAGCAGAAGAAGAUGUAUAAAGGCUCUCAGGGAGAGGACGGGACUCUUAUUAAG